GGCGAAUGAGAUCGGACCCGUUUGCAGCAUAAACACAAGCAACAAGCAACCGUAAACCAUGGCACGCCAGCUAAAUCCAAACCAGCAAAAAAUCGCCGAAAAGUUGAUCAUAUUGAAUGAUCGCGGUGUCGGCAUACUGACGCGCAUCUACAACAUCAAGAAGGCGUGCGGUGACACCAAGUCCAAGCCCGGCUUCCUGUCGGAAAAGUCAUUAGAAUCUUCGAUAAAAUUCAUCGUGAAGCGGUUUCCCAAUAUCGACAUCAAGGGUCUGACCGCGAUCGCAAGCAUCAAGUCGGAGAUCAUCAAAUCGCUCUCCCUCUACUACUACACCUUCGUCGAUCUGCUCGACUUUAAGGACAAUGUGUGUGAAAUUCUUACUACGAUGGAUGCGCUGCAGAUCCAUCUCGACAUAACGCUCAACUUCGAGCUGACGAAGAACUACCUCGAUCUGGUGACGACGUAUGUGUCGCUAAUGAUUUUGCUGUCCCGUGUGGAGGAUCGGAAAGCGGUGCUCGGGUUGUUUAAUGCGGCGUACGAGAUGCAGCACAGCCAGAGCGAUCAAGCGUUCCCACGGCUCGGCCAAAUGAUCAUCGAUUACGAUAUGCCUAUAAAGAAGCUGGCCGAAGAGUUCAUUACGCACAACAAGCUGCUGGGUAGUGCGAUUAAUUCGCUAACCAAAAUUUACUCCAUGCGCAACCUGAGUGCGGAAAAGUGGCGCGAGUUGCAGGUGCUGAGCCUGAUCGGUACGCCGGCGAUGCUGCUGAAGGCGACCAAAACGGAUACGAUGUCGUGCGAGUACAUAUCGCUCGAAACGCUUGAUCGGUGGGUAAUUUUUGGGCUGAUGCUGAACCAUCAGGCACUGAUUCAGCCAGGGCUGAUUAGCAAUAUGUGGAUUUCGGCCCUUGAUUCAAGCUGGGUUGUGGCAUUGUUCCGCGACGAGGUGAUCUACAUACACCAGUACGUGCAGACCAACUUUGAGGGUAUAAAGGGCUACGGUAAGCGCAUAUCGGAGGUUAAAGAAUGCUACAACCAGGCCAUUCAGAAGGCAGCACUGUUGCAUCGUGAACGGCGCAAGUUUCUGCGUACGGCGCUGAAGGAACUGGCACUCAUCAUGACGGACCAGCCGGGUUUGUUGGGUCCGAAGGCGUUGCUUGUGUUUAUUGGGCUUUGCUACGCGCGAGAUGAAAUCCUAUGGCUACUGCGGCACAACGAUAAUCCACCGGUUGUGAAGAGCAAAGGUAAAUCGACCGAAGACCUGGUUGAUAGACACUUGCCCGAACUGUUAUUCCACAUGGAAGAACUGCGGGCGUUGGUACGCAAGUACAGCCAGGUGAUGCAACGCUACUAUGUCCAAUACCUGUCGGGGUACGAUGCAAUCGAUUUGAACUACAAAAUGCAACAGCUUCAGAUGUGUCCGGAAGACGAGAGCAUUAUCCUAUCGUCGCUGUACAAAACGGCUACUAGCCUGUCGGUGAAGCAGGUUGAAGAUAAUGAAGUGUUUGAUUUUCGCGCGUUCCGACUCGAUUGGUUCCGGCUGCAAACGUUCAUGAGCGCAAAAUCGGCUGUACGCAUUACGGACUUCCCCGAUCUGGCCCGGCUGCUAGACUCGAUGGUGUUCCACACGAAGAUGGUCGACUUUCUGGACGAAUCGCUGGUGGAAACGUCCGAUCUGUCCAUCUUCUGCUUCUACAACAAAAUGUUCGAAGACCAGUUCCACAUGUGCUUGGAGUUUCCGGCCCAAAAUCGGUACAUCAUUGCGUUCCCAUUGAUCUGCAGCCACUUCCAGAACUGUACGCACGAGAUGUGUCCCGAGGAGCGGCACCACAUCCGCGAACGAUCGUUGUCGGUGGUGAACAUGUUUCUGGACGAGAUGGCUAAGGAGGCGAAAAACAUUAUUACGACCAUCUGCGACGAGCAGUGCAUGAUGGCGGAUGCGCUACUUCCGAAGCACUGUGCGAAGAUCCUUUCGGCUGCCGCUAACCGUAAGAAGAAAGACAAGAAUAAGAAGCACAUGGACGAUAUUCGACGUCCGGGUGAUGAAAGCUAUCGUAAGACGCGCGAGCUGCUUACCACGAUGGACAAGCUGCAUAUGGCACUGACUGAGCUGUGCUAUGCGAUCAACUACUGCCCGACGGUCAACGUUUGGGAGUACGCAUUUGCACCACGGGAAUAUCUGUGCCAGCAUCUGGAGACACGCUUUUCCCGUGCACUUGUCGGUAUGGUUAUGUACAGUCCUGAUACGUCGGAGAUUGCCAAACCAUCGGAGUUGUUGGCUUCGGUCCGAGCGUACAUGAAUGUGCUGCAAACGGUGGAGAACUACGUGCAUAUCGAUAUUACGCGCGUGUUCAACAAUUGCUUGCUGCAGCAAACUCAACCACAGGAUAGUCACGGCGAGAAGACGAUCGCUGCACUGUACAACACCUGGUACUCGGAUGCGCUGCUACGGAAGGUCAGUGGCGGCAAUAUAGUGUUUUCGCUGAACCAGAAAGCCUUCGUAUCGAUAUCACCCGAGGGCUACAUUCCGUUUAAUCCGGAGGAAUUUUCCGACUUUAACGAGCUGCGUGCACUGGCGGAGCUGAUCGGUCCGUACGGAAUAAAGCUGCUGAACGAAUCGCUCAUGUGGCACAUCGCUAAUCAGGUGCAGGAACUAAAGCGACUGGUCGUGCAGAACAAAGAGGUGCUGAUGAUUCUUCGUAGCAACUUUGACAAGCCGGAGAUAAUGAAGGAACAGUUCAAGCGACUGCAGCAGGUCGACAAUCUGCUGCAGCGCAUGACGAUCAUCGGCGUGAUCUUGAGCUUCCGCCAGCUGGCCCAGGAAGCGCUGGUGGAUGUGUUGGAGCAGCGUGUACCGUUUCUGCUUUCGUCGAUCAAGGAUUUUCAGGAGCACGUGCCGGGCGGUGAUCCACUGAAGACUGUGUCCGAGAUGGCAUCGGCUGCCGGAUUAAAGUGUAAGGUCGAUCCGGCCCUUUCGAACGCACUGAAGGCACAAAAGUCCGAACCGGACGACGGCGAUCAUCUGAACAUUUGUCUGCUGAUGGUGUUUGUCGCAGUAAGCAUUCCAAAGUUGGCCAAAAACGAAAACUCCUUCUACCGCGCGUCGCUGGAAGCGCACACAAACAAUACGCACUGUAUGGCGGUCGCGAUCAACAACAUCUUCGGCGCCAUGUUUACCAUCUGCGGGCAGAAUGAUAUCGAGGAUCGGAUGAAGGAAUUCCUGGCACUUGCCAGCUCGUCGUUGCUGCGCCUCGGUCAGGAAUCGGACAAAGAGGCAAUCAAAAAUCGUGAAUCCAUCUAUCUGCUGCUGGAUCAGAUUGUACAGGAGUCACCAUUCCUUACGAUGGAUCUGCUAGAAUCCUGCUUCCCGUACGCUCUCAUCCGUAACGCUUAUCAUGCGGUAUACAAGCAGGAACAGCUGAUGCAUUAGAAAAG